AUGACGAUUAAAUACCCCAAAGUUGCCGCAUUCGAUUUAGACUACACAGUGUGGCCAUGUUACUGUGAUACCCACUUGUUCCCACCAUUCACUCCCAUCAAAAAGCCUGAUGGACAAGUUCUCACGGUGAUUGACGCCCGAGGAUUUGAACUGUCGUUGUACAAAGAUAUCCCCAAGAUUCUCACCGAUUUGAAGGAAAACGAUGUAACUCUUGUAUCUGCGUCUAGAACAUGGGCACCUGAGAUUGCGAAAGACCUGAUGAAAGUUUUUCAGGUAGAAUAUAACGGUAAGAUAGUAUAUCUCGGUGACUUAUUUGACGACAUGCAAUGGGGUGAGAGAAGUAAGGUUGGUCACUUGAGAGACGCUUUGAAGAAACUAUAUAACGAUGAUAAACUGGAACACUUUUCCAUGUGUUUAUUUGACGAUGAGAGUAGAAACAAAGAUGUGGAAAAAUACGGUGUUAAAUUUGUUUACGUAAAAGAUUCAGAAAAUGGUCCAUCAUGGAUGCUGUACCAAAAAUACCUUACCUCUGAGUAA